ACGGGUAGGGAAAAAAGUACCUCGUGACCUGUUGUGAUGCAAAUAAGCUGCCAAAACGAGAGAGCUAUCGCCAACUUUGUACAGCUCGUUUCUGUAAAUAUGUGUUAGUAAUACUGGAGUGUAACAUGGCGGCGUUUCCAUUCAUUUAGGUUCAUCUCAGGACGAAUUAUUUUAACCUCCAGCAAUGAGAAGCGGGCGGUGUUUUGGAGAAGAACUUGUUGCACCAUGAGAAGGAAACUUGAAGACUCUCAUUCAGCUGUCAAUCAAAGCUCACAUCUGGCUUCACAUCACACGAGCUGAUCGCUAAUCAGUUAAUAUUUCCCCACUGCACACACUCGCGCUCUCUCUCGCGCUCUCUCUCUUGUGCGCUCUCUCUAUCUCUCUCUCUCUCUCUCGCACUCUCUCUCUCUCUCUAUCUAACGAUGUCGGGGGCGGACCUUCUGUCCCGCGUGAGCUCGGUGUUCCGCAGGGAGAGAACAGACUGGGACCUCAGCGACACGGCCGCCUUCGAUUUCUCGGAGGACCUGGCGGAGGACGAGAUGCCGAGGUUCAACAAGCUGAAGGUGGUGGUGUCGGCCGAGAUGGACGAGUACACGGGGUCGUCUCCAAACGGCGCCGCCGUCAGCACCUUCAUCAGGGACGGCCAGGACGACGACGACGACUCGCUGCUCGGCUCCACCUCCGGGCUGGGGGCGGAGCCAUGUGAAAACUGUGCUAAGAGGAAGGAGGAUGUCAAGCGGCGCAGAGUGAUGAAGAAGCUGGCGAUGGCGGCGGUGCUUUAUUUCCUGUUCAUGAUUGGUGAACUCGUAGGUGGCUACAUUGCGAACAGUUUAGCCAUCAUGACAGACGCUCUGCACAUGCUGACUGAUCUGAUUGGGAUUGUGGUGUCCUUACUGGCUCUGUGGCUCUCCGCCAAACCACCGACACACACCUUCAACUUCGGCCUGCACAGACUCGAGGUGAUGUCUGCAGGAAUCAGUGUGUUGUUGAUCUACAUCCUGACCGGAGUGCUGCUGAACGAAGCGGUGCAGAGAACACUCCGUCCCGACUUCACUAUCGACGGAGACGUCAUGCUCAUCACCGCCGCCGUGGGCGUGGCCGUCAACCUCAUAAUGGGUUUUCUCCUCAACCAGUCAGGUCACCUCCACUCCCACUCUCAUUCUCACUCCCACUCCCACUCUGCUGGCCACGCCCAUUCUCAGAGGAGGGGUCAGGGGCGGGGGCAGAGUCAGCACUCUCACGACAGCUUAGCGGUGCGAGCGGCGUUUAUUCAUGCGCUGGGUGACCUGGUGCAGAGCGUCGGGGUUCUCAUCGCGGCAUACAUCGUCAGGUUUAAGCCGGAGUAUAAGCUAGCUGAUCCUGUGUGUACAUACAUAUUUUCUGUGUUGGUGCUGGUCACCACGCUGCGCAUCAUCAGAGACACCGGCCUCAUCCUGCUGGAGGGUGUUCCCAGACACCUGAACAUGAGUGUGAUGAGGGAAGAUCUGUUAAAGUUGGAUGGUGUGGAGUCGGUGGAGGAGCUGAAGCUCUGGGCUUUAACCGCUGACCGAACUGUGGCUCUUGCACACCUUCAGCUUGCACCAGGCAGCAUGGGUAACUGGGAGGAAGUGCAGUCUAAAGCUCGUCACCUGUUGAUGAUGUCACACGGCGUGUCACACUGCACGGUGCAGCUGCAGAGCCACAAACACCGAGACACACACUCCUGCUCCAACUGUGUGUUAGCCAGUGCCUGAAAACAAACACACACACACCAGGGCAUCUCUUUCCUAAACAGGUUGCUAUGCAACAGCGAAACACGCCAAAGCCAGAGCCAGUGUGUUUUCACUUUUAGUGAAUCGAUCAGGAGGCUGUUUUCAUUCAUUACUAUUAUUUUCUUUUUUUCCCCUUUUCACACACACACACACACCAGUAAAUAAAUAUCUGAGAAAUAAAUUCUUAACUCCACUACUAGCCUGAACACUGACGUUUUUAUUUACAUUCAAUUCAUAAAACACUCCAUAUUUGUUUUAAUGUUCAGUCUAAUUUAAGUUUACAGUAUUAAAUCCUGGAUUAGUUUAUCCUGAGUCAGUUAUUAAUCCUGGAUUAGUUUAUCCUGAGUCAGUGAUUAAUCCUGGAUUAGUUUAUCCUGAGUCAGUAUUAAAUCCUGGAUUAGUUUAUCCUGAGUCAGUGACUAAUCCUGUGUUAGUUUAUCCUGAGUCAGUGAUUAAUCCUGGAUUAGUUUAUCCUGAGUCAGUGACUAAUCCUGGGUCAGUUUAUCCUGAGUCAGUGAUUAAUCCUGGGUUAGUUUAUCCUGAGUCAGUGACUAAUCCUGGGUUAGGGAUUAAGCAGAAUAUCAUAUCAGCUCAAGUCUGGUGCAUGUCCUUAACUUGUCAUUAAUCUGACUAGGACUCUGUUAUUUUUUAAAUAUUUAAUUUAAUUUAAAAAUCUUUUUGUUUAACUCAAACAUUUGAGCUUCAGAUCCAAGAUUUGGGCUCUACUUCAUUUGCGCUGCUGAAAAACACAUUAAUCCUAGCACAGUUUAUUUUAAAUUUCUGCUCUGGACUCGUUAGUGGACGAGGGGAGACUCUGAAAUGAUGAAAGUUCAGUAAGAUUUCCUUUAACUCUUAAACCUUUAAUUGAUUAGCGAGGAGAGCUCGGACGAUGCACUGUUUAAAUGUUAACGUUUAUUCUGUGUUCACCACAAUCCGUGUUGAAUUUGGGUCUGUCUGACGUGUUUAUCCCCGCCGCUGUGUUGGUGAAUGGUGUUGUUGGAGCACGAGGUGUCCGGAGUCGAGAGCAUUGAGGGUGCAGUGUGCCUUUACCGUGAACAGUCCUGCACCCCCGUGGUGGAAACAUCCCAUAAUUACAGCGCUUUUAUUCUCUUACUGUUCGUUAUUUUUCUUUAUUUGUUUUCAGAAAGAAAUAACAUUGUUUUUGUGCCAAAAAACACAAUCUAUGCCUCUAAAUAUUUUUGCUUUAUGUUGUAUUAUUUUUGUUUAGUUUCAUUUUUCUUUCUAUAGAAUUUUUCAUUGUUUGAUGUUUUGCACAUUCCAGAACAGCAGUUAUUCUGUUUGUUUGUUAUAAUUUAUGUUCAGCAGUGAAACACCGCUCUGUGUGAGUGGAUCAGAUCUUCUCUAAAUAAACCUGUUUUGAAA